CUUCGUUCAUUCACUCACUAUUUAUCCGUUCGCUGUGUCGGUUCAGUCGCCGCUGCCGGUCCUCGCAAUUGUAUUCGCAUUGGCCGCUCUUGCCUCGUCACAUUUUUCGUAUCGCAGCAUUUGUAUCUGAAUCACGCGGUCCAAUUUCAUUUUUUGCAUAGCUAAAACUGUGUAUUCCUGGCUUAAACAAAGAGCGCGAAACUCCCAAGGUAAUCAGAUAAGAGCGAGCAGCAAGUGAGCAAAGAAAAAGGACAACAUUUGUCGGUGGAGUCAGAAAGGAGCGCUACAGCUACAUAUAUCUAUAUAUAUAUAUAUAGAUAAGAGAAGUUUAGACAUCACAAAUAGGAGUACAGGAUGGAGAAAAUGGACACAAGCUUUAUUCCCGAUCUGCCAACGGGCGGACCACUUGAAGUUUAUCGCAAACGUGCCAAUUUUGACUGGAAGCGUUUACGCUUGAUCUUAGAAAAGGAGCAGGGAUUGCGCAUUAAGUACAAAGUGUGGCGUCGUCUGGAAAGUGAUCCCCUUUUUGCACACCCCUCACGCACACCGCCCAUGGACCAACAGAAGCGUCUGGCUGCCAUGCAGGUGAAUCGAAUGAAGCAACUGCAGCUGGUGCCCAAGGAGAUUGAGAGCCUGAGCUUCUCGGCCAAGACAAAGUAUCUGAUGGAAAUCAAUCAGGCGCUGGCGAGCUACUCGCCCAGUCUGUCAGUGAAGAUAGCCCUCAGUGUGGGCCUGUUCAACAAUGCGAUACGCGCCAUGGGCACCGAGAAGCACAAGAAAUACAUUGAGGCUACCUGGAAUCGGGAGGUGAUCACCUGUUUGGCCGUCACAGAGCUCUCGCAUGGGAGCAACACGAAGCGUAUUCGCACCACGGCCACCUAUGAUCCCCGCAUGCAGGAGUUUGUCAUCAAUACACCGGAUUUUGAGGCGGCCAAAUGCUGGGUGGGUAAUAUGGGCAAAACGGCUACCAUUGCGAUGACCUUUGCGAAUCUGAUAACGGCAGACGGUGAGAAUCAUGGCCUACAUGGAUUUCUCAUACCCAUUCGUGAUCCGAAAACGUUGAUCUCGUAUCCGGGCGUACUUGUCGGUGAUAUUGGCGAGAAGUCUGGCCUAAAUGGCAUCGACAAUGGCUUUGUGGUAUUCACCAACUAUCGCAUUCCCCUCGACAAUCAUCUCAAUCGCACCGGAAAUGUGACACCCGAAGGCGUCUAUGAGAGUGUCUUCACCGAUCCCAGUCAAGCGCUGGGCGCCGCACUCGAGAGCUUCUCCGCCGGACGCGUUGGCAUCAUGCAGGAGGCGGCCAAUACUCUGUGCAGUGCGGCUGUGAUCGCUGUCCGCUAUGCGGCUGUCCGUAAACAGUUUGGCCCCGAACGCCAGGGCGAGGAGAUGCCCAUCAUUGAGUAUCAGUUGCAUCAAUAUCGCAUCUUUCCCAUCUUGGCUGCUGCCUGUGUGCAAAAGAUUGCCGUCGAGGAGCUGAGCAAUACUUAUCUGGCGAUCAUAGCUGGCUCUCAGGAUGAUUCCAAUGGAUUCGAUGUACUUUCACAGAAAGCAGCUGAGAUUCAUGCGAUUAUCUCGGCGUCCAAGCCGCGUCUCACUUGGUCGGCACGCGAUGCCAUUCAGGAGGCGCGCGAAUCAUGUGGUGGCCACGGAUAUCUGCAAGCCUCCCGUCUGGGCCAGAUGCGCUCCGAUCACGAUCCGCUGUGCACCUACGAGGGCGAUAACAAUGUGCUCGGCCAGCAGGCAUCUAACUGGCUGCUGCGCCAAUGGAACGCCAAGGAGCUGGAGACGCCAAUUGGCAGCGUUAAGUUCUUGGAGCGACGCCACCAACUGCUGCAGUUGCACUAUGCACAACUGGUGCAGCAGAGUCCAAUGGACACCUGGGAGUUUGCGCUCAGCUGCUACGAAUGGCUGCUCUGCCAUCUGAUGUCCCGCACCAGUGCCCACAUCGAGACCCAAUUGAGCUCAGGCGUGCAUCGCUUCGAGGCGCGCAACAAUGCGCAGGUGGUGGGUGCACGGCAACUGUCGCUGGCCUUUGCCGAGUACAUGGCGCUCAGUGGCUUUGUCGGUCACGUGCGACAGUUGGGUGUGGAGCAGCCGUAUGCGGAGGUGCUGCGUCUGCUGUACGAUGUGUAUGCCAUGUGGCUGCUGGAGCAGCAUAUGACCAUGUUCUACGUGGGCGGCUUUGCUGUCGGUGGCGCCUUCGCUGGCGCUGUGCAGGAGCGUCUGCUGCAGAGCUGUGCCAAGCUAAAGGAUGUGGCUGUGAGUGUGGCAGAUGCCAUUGCUCCGCCAGACUUUGCCCUCAAAUCGGUGAUUGCACGUGCCGAUGGGCUGCUCUACGAGAAUUUGCAAAACGAAUUUAUGACCAACGAGGGCGCCUUCCAGCGACCCGAUUGGUGGCGUGACGUCAUCAUCCCACAGUCCCAGGAAAAAUCAAAGCUAUAAGCAGACAGAGAGAGAGCUUAGUGAAAUGAGAAUGAAUAAGUGCCUGGGCAGAUCGAUGGAUCGGUCACCCAAUUAACAGCAAUUGUUAUAGUUUCAUAUCACAUCAGGUAUUACUGCUAGUUCUAAUAGAAUGCAUUCCAUAUACAUACACAAAUAUCCAUUCUAUAUACGCAUUCUCUAAAUUAUCUAUAACUUAAAAGCAAUUCACAAAGUUCUUGUAUAUUUCUACUAGCACUGCUAGUAAGCCUCAGUUUCCAUAAUGUGGCACCGACUGUCGGGCUACAGUUGUAUUUAAUUUUGAAAUAUUGACCGUUUUUUCAGUAUAUCUGUAACAACAUCAUUCUGUAUCUGUAUAUAUAUUUUAUAUUUUAUUUUAUUUUAAUUUUUCAUUUGUAUGUUGUUGAUUGUGUGCUUUGAAAAAUAUAUAUGUAUUCAAAUUAAAUUG